AUGUCACGUGUUUGCCGGAGCUUGAAAAGUAGUCUCAGUGGAGUACUCGUCGACGGUCGUUCUCAUCAAGGCUCAGCCGCUGUCGUCGUCGUCGUAGACGUAGAAGUAGUUGUAGUUAUCUUUGUCGUCAUCACAAUCAUCAUCAUCAUUGUCGUCGUCGUCGCCGUCAUCGUCGCUAGCAGUAAUCGCCGACGCGAGCAUAUUGCAGGCUAG